AUGGACACCAGGACAGUGGCCAUGCCUUCUCCGGCGGCAGGGCUGCUAGGCUGCUGUUUCCUCUUUGGCUGGGCUCUGGGGGUACCGAGGACCCUCCACUCUCUGCCCGCACUGUCCUCCAAAGUCAAGCCAGGGUCUGUACCCAUUUGGGUGCCCCCAGAGGGGGCUGAGGCAGCCCUGGCUUUUCUCUACUCUGGAGAUGCUCAACAGCUGUCUGGGGCAAACUGCACUGAACGCUAUGAAGCCCCUGGGGCAGGAGCCAGACCAGGACUCCCCCCAGUCCUAUGGAGGGCAGCAGGCACUGUAACCCAGGCCGCCAAUUUCCUCAACAUGCUGCUACAAGCCAACGACAUCCGGGAGUCCAGUGUGGAGGAGGACGUGGAAUGGUACCAGGCACUGGUCCGCAGUGUGGCCGAGGGGGACCCAAGGGCAUACCGGGCUUUGCUGACCUUUAACCCUCCACCGGGGGCCAGCCACCUGCAGCUGGCCCUGCAGGCCACCCGGAUUGGGGAGGAGACCAUCCUUCAGGACUUGUCCGGGAACAGGGUGCAGGAGGAGAGCUCAACUGGAGCCCUGCACCCCACUGACCUGCAGAAGCGAGUGCUGACCAAUGACCUAGGGAGCCUUGGCAGCCCCAAGUGGCCGCAGGGUGAUGGAUAUGUCGGGGACGUGCAGCACGUGAGACUGUCUCCUCCCUUCCUAGAAUGCCAGGAGGGGCGACUGCGUCCCGGCUGGCUUAUCACACUCUCAGCCACCUUCUAUGGACUCAAGCCAGACCUCAGCCCGGAGGUCAGGGGGCAGGUGCAGAUGGACGUAGACCUUCAGAGUGUGGACAUCAACCAGUGUGCCAGUGGCCCGGGCUGGUAUUCUAACACACACCUGUGUGACCUCAACAGCACCCAGUGUGUCCCCCUGGAGAAUCAGGGCUUUGUCCUUGGCCACUACCUCUGCCGCUGCCGACCUGGCUUCUAUGGGGCAAGCAACUCCUUGGGCUCAGAGGAGGGUGCUGACCAGCCUCCUGGGCAAUUUGGGUCCCCUCAAGGCAGCCCUGGGAAGCUGCUGCGCUGCCAGCCAUGUGCCGAGGGCUGUGCCAGCUGCCUGGAUGCCACGCCGUGCCUGGUGGAGGAAGCCCCCACACUGAGGGCAGCGGUGCUGGCCUGUCAGACGUGCUGCAUGCUGGUCGUCUUCCUGAGCAUGCUGGUCUCCUAUCGCUGCCGCCAGAGCAAGAGGAUCCGGGCAUCUGGAGUGGUACUGCUGGAAGCCAUCCUUUUCGGAUCCCUGCUGCUCUACUUCCCUGUCUUCAUCCUGUACUUCAAGCCCAGUGUCUUUCGCUGCAUUGCCCUCCGCUGGGUCCGGCUGCUGGGCUUUGCCACUGUCUACGGCACCAUUAUACUCAAGCUUUAUAGAGUGCUCCAGCUCUUUCUGUCUCGAACGGCCCAGCGGGGCCCCCAUCUGAGCAGCGGGCGGCUGCUGCGGCGUCUGGGGCUGCUCCUGCUGCUGGUGCUGGGCUUCCUGGCUGUAUGGACGGCAGGGGUCCUGGAGCCAGGCAUUCAGCACACGUCACUGGUAACACGAGGCCACACGCACACGGGACGCCACUUCUACCUCUGCCACCACGACCGCUGGGACUACAUCAUGGUGGUGGCUGAGAUGCUGCUCCUGUGCUGGGGCAGCUUCCUCUGCUACGCCACCCGGGCUGUCCCCUCAGCCUUCCAUGAGCCGCGGUACAUGGGCAUCGCCCUGCACAACGAGCUGCUGCUUUCUGCCGCCUUUCACGCAGCCAGGUUUCUGCUGGUUCCCUCCCUGCACCCGGACUGGACGCUCCUCCUCUUCUUCUUUCACACCCACAGCACAGUCACCGCCACACUGGCUCUGAUCUUCAUCCCUAAGUUCCGGAAGCCGGGGGCUCCUCCCCGAGAGGAGAUCUUGGAUGAGGUGUAUGAGGAUGAGCUGGACCUGCAGCGCUCAGGCUCCUACCUCAACAGCAGCAUUGCCUCAGCCUGGAGCGAGCGCAGCCUGGACCCUGGAGACAUUCGGGACGAGCUGAAGAAGCUCUACGCCCAGCUCGAGGUUCACAAGACCAAGGAAAUGGCCGCGAACAACCCCCACCUGCCUAAGAAGCGGGCCAGCUGGCGCCAGGGCCUGGGCCGCUCUUUCAUGAGGUACCUGGCCGAGUUCCCCGAGGCGCUGGCCCGCCAGCACUCCCGGGACUCGGGCUCCGCAGGCCGCGGCAGCCUGCCCGGCUCCUCCCGCCGCCGGCUGCUCAGCGCCAGCCUCCGGGAGCCCGCCGCGUCUCCCGGCCUGCGAAAGUCCCGCAGCACCUACGAGCAAGACUGUGACCCCCACCGGGACCACAGCCCGCCUCUGGUCGACUCGCUGCUGCGGAGGAAGCUGGCCCGCAAGGGGCCGCGAUCCGACAGCCGCGAGUCCCGCGAGUCGGCGGCCGGGCCCCCAGCGCUGGGCUUCAGGUCGGCCAGCGCCCACAACCUGACGGUGGGCGAGCGGUUGCCCCGCGCCCGGCCCGCCUCGCUGCACAAGUCGCUGAGCGUCGUGGCCGGCGCCAGGGAAAAGGCUCUGCUCGUGGCCAGCCAGGCCUACCUGGAGGAGACCUACCGGCAGGCAAAGGAGCGGGAGGAGAGAAGGAAGGCAGAGGCCGCCCUGGCCAGCCCGGCGCGGAGGCCCUCGGCCCGGAGGCUGGAGCGAGUCCGAGCGGCCCCCGUGUCGGCCCCACCUUCCCCGGCCAAGAGCCGCAGCGUGGACAGCGCCCACGUCUCCGGGAGGCUGCAGGAGGAGGCCGCCAGAAGGCUGCCGCACCCGCCCAUCCGGCACCAGAUCUCCACACCCAUCAUGGCCACGUCCGGGGUGGGCCUGGGGGAGCCGGGGAUGCUGUCUCCCACCUCCACUUUGGCCCCAGCUCUGAUGCCGGCUCCUGCCCCUGCCCUGGCACCCAUCCCAAUACCCCCACAAAGUCCCAAGCUACUUACCUACAUCUGCCCCUGGGAGAAUGCAGAACUGCCGGUGAAGAAAGAAAAUGUGUCUCAGGAAGGCCCCUCGGGGCCAGAGCAAGGCAACCUGUCUCAUGUUCCAGCUCCGGCCCGUCUCUGGAGGGCCCUCUCUGUGGCGGUAGACAAGAGGGGGCCUGGGGAGAAUGGGAUGGACACAGAGGACGGGCGUCUCCAAGGGGAAACUGAGGAGGAUGAGGACAGGCCGAAGGUCUUCUCUAAAUCCCACAGCCUCAAGACCCCUGUCCAGCAGGGUUCCAUGCGCAGCCUGGGCCUGGCUAUCAAAGCUCUGACCCGUUCUCGGAGCACAUACAGAGAGAAGGAGAGCGGGGAAGGGAGUCCUAAGAAGGAGGAGAAGGGCCGAACGUCUGGAGAGGGUGUGGGGGCAUGCCCCAGAUCUCCCAGGCCAGGCCGGCCCAAGGGGGUGAGUAAGCAGGCGGCACUUGCCCCCUGUGAUGACGAAGAGUCCCUUCAGAACCAACAGAACGCUCACACCAGCAGGAUGCUCCAAGUCUGUCACCAGGAAGGCAGCAGGGAACAAGAAGACAGAGGCAGGAGGACUUCCCAGUGUCUAGGGGAGGGGAAGGUUGAGAGAGCAGGUAAAACAGGCCCUGCCACACUGAGGCAACUCAGGCAGGGCACAGCUGGGGACAAAAAUGCUAAGCAAGCAAAAGAAGCUCCAGUGGGGUGGCGGGAACUACCCAAAGCUGGCCUCCAGCCCCUGGGAAGUGCUGACCACAGGGUGACAGAAGUAUGCCCUUGGGAAAUCACCGAGUCAGAACUGUGUCAGCCUGAUGGCAGCAACAAAGCUGAAAUCUGCCCCUGGGAGGUGGGUGGAGUCCCUGAGAAGGAGGCCCUAAGGCAAUAUCUAGAUGCCUCCCAAGGUGAGAAGGGGAAAGCCUCAGAAAAAUCAGAGCCCAAAGAUGUGGUUGCUGUGGCUCGGAAAAAGCCAGAGAGGUUGGUCAGGGGUCAGGAGGCAGUUUGUCCUUGGGAGAGUGCCGAUCCUGGGGGUCUGUCUCCUGGGUCAGCCCCUCAGGACUCGGACAGAACCAGAGGCAGGUCUGAGGCAGUGGGCAGUGUGGAGCCUAGAGAGGUGGAGACGCAUCGGUGGGAAGCCACUGGCCCAGGACCUUGUACAUCUGAUAUCACCACGGCAGAGCGGUGUCCCUGGGAGGCAAGUGAAGGAGGAGAGACAGGGAAACCAUCCCAGGAGGGAAUAAAGAAACUCCCCCAGGAAAAGCAGAAAACUCCCAAGAAAACAACCUUCUGGAAAGAACAGAAAGUGGGUGAAGGCUUGGAGUCUCUUUGUCAGUGGGAAAGGACAGAUUUCCGGGGCCCCUCAGCGGUCUCCACUCAGGCCCCAGGAACCCCUGGUUGCUCGGGGAGUUUGGGCAGUAGCAUCACUGAAGUCUGUCCAUGGGAGGCGGGAGAUACUCCUGCUAUCGGCAAGGCAGAGAUCUGUCCCUGGGAGCUGGAUGAUGAGGUAGUGGGGAAGGAAAUGCUGAGUCAGGGGCCAGGUGGAAAAUCUCCCCAGGAAAAGUGGGAAACCUCCAGAACAGGGAGCUUUGGAGAGAUGGGGGGAUGGACUGGGAAAGCAGUGCAGAAACUUAGCCAACAGCAGGAGUCAGUGUGUCCAUGGGAAAGCACAGCUGCUGGGCACUCUGGCCCACAUCUAGACAAUUCCUCAUCCAAAGCUGAUGGCCAACUCCUCAGCAAUGAAGGAAGUAGAGCAGCUCAGGUCUGCCCACCAGAUCGCAGGUCAGAGGGAGAGGAAGCAACAGCUGCCAAGGCAGAAGUCUGUCCCUGGGAGGUGAAUGAGAGAACGACAGAGGACUGGACAUCAGGACAGGCACCAGAAGGAAGAGAAUCUCAAAAGGACAAGGAGAAGAUGCUUGCAACAUCAGGCAUCAAAGCUAGCCCAAGCUGGGCAAAGCCUGAGGGACAGAUGCCAACACAGGAAGCAGUCUGUCCCUGGGAGAGUGUGGACCCUGGCAGCUUCACCCCACAACCUGGUCUUCAAGACACAGGUGGACCCAAAGCCAGUUUCCAGAUGUCCGGCAGUGUGGAAAGCAAAACUGCUGAGAUUUGUCCUUGGGACGCGGAGGAAACACUGCCUGCUGAGAAGGCAGAGGUCUGUCCCUGGGAGGUGAGUGCUAGAGCUGGGGAGAGAAGGACUUUGGGCAUGGAGGCCAUUGGGCAGUUUUCAAGCAAAACAAGAAAGCCUUCUGCAGAUUCUGGACCUGGCGAGAGAGCUGUUGCUACUCCAGAGAGGCAGGCCCAGGAGCGCGAACAGGCUUGCCCCUGGGAGAGCAUGGAUCCAGGGGGCUCCUCUUGGCAUUCAGACACUCUGGGCACUGACAGCCCAAAACCUGAGCUCCAGGAGCUGGACCGUGUCGGGUACAGACCGGUGGAGGUAUGUCCCUGGGAAGCGGAGGGAGCACCUACUAGUGAAAAAGUGAAGGUCUGUCCCUGGGAGGUGGAUGAAGGAGCCCCUGGGAAGGAAUUAGAACAAGAGAUGAGAACUGAUUCAGUGGGGCAGAGAGAGAAAAUGCUAGAAAAGGGGAGACUCACCUCCCUGGGAGAAGACAGAUCGAAAUGGGAAACACAACUGAGUCAAGAGCAGGAAGCUGUGUGUCCCUGGGAGAAGGACUUGAGGGCACCCUCUGCUCAGGCCCCUGAGGUCUCAGACGUGUCCAGCAGAGGGGUAGAGGGGCCCUCCCUGGAAAUGAGCGAUGAGGCAGCAGAGAAAGGGGGCCUGACACAAGACCCACAGAUGAACUCCUCCCCAGAACCUGUAGCCCCAGGAAAAGCAGAAGUCACUGCUGAAGAUGGGGAAAAAACGAGCAGUGAACUACAACCUAUCCAUCUACAGGAGAGCAUGGCCCCUAUGGACUCUUUCUCCCAUCCACACAAUCAGUACCCUGACCAACCUAAAGCCGGCUCUCAGACACUGCCCAGCGCCGGGGACAGGCUCGCUGAGGUCUGCCUGUGGGAUGCUCCCGCCAUGGACAUUCCCAAACCUGAUAGCGGCACCAAAGCUGAGACCUGUCCCUGGGAAGUGACUGAAAGAACCCCUGAGGAAGGGGUGUCAAGACAGGAUGGAGAUGAGGAAACUCAAGAGGAGAAGGGGAAAGCCCCAGAAAAACCAGAGCACAAAGCUGUGGCCCUUCAGGAAAAGCCUGAGAGGGCAGAUGGAAAGCAGGAGGCUGUGCGUCCCCGGGAGAGUCAAGAUUGUCUGUCUCCACAACCAGGCCCACAACCUUCUGACAGUAGCAAAGAAAGUCCCGAGCGAGCAGGCAGUGUGGGAGCCAGGGUAGCGGAAGUGUGUCCACAGCAAGCACAAGAAGCUCCCCCUGAUAAGAAAACAGAAAUCUGCCCUUGGGAGGUGAGCCAAGAAACAGCAGAGAAUGGGGGAUGUGAACCAGAGGUAGACAGAGAAUCUCAAGGGCAAGGAGAAAUGUUCCUGCAAAAGGCAGAAUCUGGAGGGACUGAAGAACACUCUUCAGAAGAAGUAAAAGUCAGCAGAGAGACGGAGAUGAUCCGCCCUUGGGAAGGCACAAGGUCAGAAGGACUCUCUCCCCAGCCAGAUGCUCCAGCCAUGGACCAACCCAAAGUCAUUCCCCAUGGAGCAAGCAGGAUGGGAAGCCAGGUGGCAGAGCUGUGUCAAUGGGAAGUCACAGAUCCCGAAGGAAAUAAAGUAACGGGCACCAUGGCAGACAUUGACUCAUGUCUUUGGGAGGGAACUGGAGCCCCAUCUGAGGAAUCUGGUCUUCUGGCUUUAACAGCAACUCAGAAGCAAAUGCUCUGCCCCACAGUCCCCGAGAACCCACCAUGCCUUUUAGUCCAGAGACCUUUGGGUAGCUUCCUUCCAGACAGCAAAAGCCCCCGCCCCAAAGCGAACAAGCCAGCCAGUACCUUUACUCUGGAGGGUGUCAGAGAACUCCAAGUCCCUUCAGAACUUGAGCCGAGGACCAGCUUAGCCCCAGAGCCAACCCUCCAAGAAGCUGAGACUCAAAAGUCUUCCUCCUUAACUGAAGACCAGGAAAUAGCUUCUGAAGCUCAACUUGAAGAACUCAUCCCUCCAACUGUCUAUCCUUGGGACUGGGAGUAACAACUCCAUCGGUGAGGUCAUACACUGGGUGGCUAGCUUUCAGAACAGUCAAGGUUCUUUCCAAGUUCUAGGUGUUUCCAAAAACCUGAAUCAAACAAACUUGGCCACUUUCCCUCUCCAAGAAGGCCAGAAGUCAACUCAUUCCAAGACAAAACUGUACAAAAAGGGUGCAGCUCAGACUCCAAAAGGAAGUACCAUCCUCUCUUUACUUCCUCUCUUUUCUUCCUGCUCCAGAGCACAAGGGCCAGACCUUCGCUUCUAAUUAAUGCUCCCAUUCAGCUACAGUACUCAACAGAAGCCAUCUAUGACAUCACUUGUAGAGCUAAUGUUAAUGACAAAAGGGAGUCAGCUGUACCCGGCCCACACUUUCUCAAAGGUAGACCCAAUCUUCUCUGAAAUCUCCCAAGGAUAUUUUUUAAGAAAGUAAACCACUCAAGGCAUUGGCAACAUAGGGGCUGAAGAUUAUAAAAGGUCACCACAGGAAGUUUAGAAGCUACUUAAUUCAAGUUCAAAAGCAAAUCAGGAGGAAAACUUAAAUGGUUCAAAAGAGGUCCCUGUAAUGCCUUAAAGAUCUUGUCAUUUUGACUUUGGAUCUCCAGUUUCUGCUUUAUUGAUCCUCUUACCUGCCCUGCUUGAUUGAAGUAGAGCCAAUCAAGCGAAUUUACAUCCAUAUC